AUGGUUGACGCAGGAGUUGUAGUUGAUGAUAAUUGCAUUGAGCAAUUCAAAGCCUUCCACCAAAAGUCUUCAAACGUUAGAUUGAUUGUCUUCUCUAUCAAUGAAGUAGGUGAUAAGGUUGAAGUCGCCAAACAAGUAGAAAAGGGAGGUGAUUGUGAUACCUGGGAAACUUUGUGUACCAACUUGCUCGGCACUGAAUAUGCUGAAAAGUCAUGUUGGGUUGUUUACAAUUUGGAAAUGACGAAGGAAGACCAAGGUGUAGAAAGACAAAUCUCCAAGCUCAUCUUCCUCCACUGGGUUCCAUCCAAGACUAAGCUCAAGUUUAAGAUGUUGAUGUCUUCAACCAAGCAAACUCUCUUCACUAAGCUCGGUUGUUCUAUGGUUAACAUUGAAGGUACUCACCUUUCUGACAUUUCUGAAAAGAACAUUUUGGACAAACUCAAGAGUUCUAUCUAA